AUGUCGCUCGCCCAAUCAGGUGGUCCAGAUUCCCCGAACCUUCUCCAUCACCUGUCACCCACACCUUCGCUCUCUUCCAACAAUCCAUUCAGGAACAGAGCUGCAUCGCCCCAAUCUCCAGAUUUUCCUCGAAGUCCAUCUGGAUCAUCUCCCUCGCAGAAUUUGACCCGCAAUCCUUUUCUCGAUAGAUCUAGCCAACCCUCUCUUUUACCACCAUUAUCACCGCGCAAAAUGCCAUCUCUACCUGGCUCAACAAAGCCACUACCAUCACUUACUGGUGAAGCGGCAGCUAUAUUUGUACAAGUGUGGCAGGAUAAUCUCUCGUUAAACGAUGCACCUACUGGCAAGUCGAGAAGAAUGCCGUCUCCCGAGAAUCAAGGCAAAAGCAACCGCCUCCCUCCUCAAUCUUCUAUACACCGCCAAACCAGAUCAAAUGAGGAAGCUAUACGUGCCCAAAAGUCGGCCGAUAAUCCUACGAUUAAACUACCAUCGAAGGGAGAACUGAAUGUUUUUGCUGAUCCCCCAGCCGUGCCGCAAAACCCAACUGAACGUAGGCCUAACCGAAGCUCUGAUAUGAAAUCCAAUCGUUCAGAAAAACAGCUUGCGCCUGAGGAUGAAAAAAAACGGAUGGAAAGACGCCGUCGCGAAAAAAAGCAUAAAGAGCGUGAUUCCAAAGAUCCCCGGUCUAAGAAACCAAACCACAAGUUAGAUGUUAUCGAUAAGUUAGAUGUAACUAGCAUAUACGGAACUGGGCUCUUUCAUCACGAUGGACCAUUUGAUGCAUGCAACCCCCAUCGUAACCGGCACGGUAGCAAGCGCGCUCCGAUGCAAGCUUUCCCUAAAGACUCAUUGAACAAUGUUCUUGGAGGAGGUGGACCUGUCAACGCUCGGCCUGAUCAUUCUACAUUUCUCGGUAAUAAAGACGAAGAAGCAUUCAAAGAUUACUCCAAGGGUAGAACCGGCUUCAACGAAUUUGAACCUUACAAUAAUGGAGUCAUUUCAUUUAGUCAUACCAGGCAAGAAUCAAAUGUCGUAAGCGCUACUACAAGAGUGGAACCUAUCCAUGGAGAAGAGACCCUUGGUCUUGGAACUUCUACCUUUCUCGAGGGAGCUCCUGCCUCCAAGACUGCUAUGCAGCGGAGAUUAAGCGAGACGUUGCCAACCGAAAAUAAUUUGUCAAGGUCUAAAUCCCUUGCCCAGAAAUUCCGUGGCAUCAAUGUCCCCCGAAGAGAGUAUGUAUCACGUCUUGGAAGCUCAGAUGGUGCCGUUUCGCCUGAGGCACGGAUACUCGGACCAUCAAAAUCUGAGAGAUCUCCCCACUCUCUUCAGGAUGAUUCUUCUAGGAAAGAUGGCUACUUGACUACCAGGACAGAAAGUAGCGCAUCAAAUACUGGCGUUGAAAGAUUAUCGACAAGGACUACAACUAGCGCAGGCAAUGUUCCUCGGUUCAAUGGCAUCCCUGAUCAACCAUCUAACACGGAAAACAAUGGUGAGAUCCCUGGUAAGAAUAGCACUGGCUUCAUGAGUCGAGUUAAGUCACUUAAAGGUGGCCCGAGAAAGGUUAAACCAAGUCUGAUUGAAUCUUCAAACUAA